AUGACGAUGGACAUUCACCAACGAAGUCUUCGGGCAGAGACAUCACCUUCGUUCAUUCCGUCCAUGCGUCCUUCUCCUGAAAAGGGAUCGACGAACUCCUCUCCAUCCCCGAUAACAGAAAUACCAUCUGCCCCUCAGAAACCUGCUAAAAGAAGCUUCGAUGUGGCAUUCCUGAUGGCCCCUGACGACCUCACAACAAAAAAGCGUCAGCAACAACAACAUCAGCUGAGACUGGUGACGUCAGCAUCGCUGAUGCCAAGAUAUUCUCCUCCUGAAAUGACAUUCGCAAACACAGCUGAAGCUGAGGAGUUAAAAAUCUCUAGGUCAUUAAAUCAACAAAGGCUCCUAAGUGGUAGAGGAAACUUUGGUGACUUCCCAUCAAAUCCAACUUCACCUUUAGGAUUGUUGAUUCCCUCACCUAAAGAUUUCCAGAAGUUGGAUUCCGACUCGAAGGAUUCCAUUAUUGAUAUUACACAAGAAGAACAAAGCUUGCAGUUUGCUAAGAGUGCGUUUACAAAAGUGAAAAGUGGAAAAGUAGAUUUCGGUGGGGCCCCAAACAAAUCUGCUUCUCCAUCUUCAGUAUCGUCAACAAUAUCUGGAGGUGAAGUUUCUCCGGACAUGUCUUAUCAGGAGAGUCUUAGUCCGCCUAUGAUGAACAACAGCAGCAGAUCCCCAGUCCACUACCUGCCACCGUCAAAGUCCUUGAACCCCAACAUGGCUUACUUCGCCACAGGAGGAAAGGGUCUUCCACCAGUGAAUUCCGCGCAAUUUUUCUAUGGUCAACCGAAGGAGAAACAAGAGGGAAAACCGUCUUCUCCAAUGGAUCCCAAUGGAUUUUUAGGAAAUUUCAUGAAUAAAGGUGCAACAGAGUCCAUGCAGAAGCUUCGCCCCAUGCUGUACCAAGGUGACAACCUGCCCUACAGUGGUAUCCCCGUUUCUGCCUAUCCCUUCCCCACCAACUUCCCUCCAGCUGCAGGACCUGUCCCUACUCACACUCUACUCACUGCAGCAGCCAGCGUGACAGCUGCGUUACUCCCGUCAUCGCUAGCCGCGCUCACGCUACCCGCACAGAACGUCUGCGCCAAGUGUAAAAUCUCCUUCAGGAUGACUUCGGACCUCGUGUACCACAUGCGGUCCCACCACAAAGGAGAACACGUGGCUGUAGACGCUGUGAGGAGAAGGCGAGAUCAGGACAAACUGCGGUGUCCUGUAUGCAACGAGACGUUCAGGGAGCGCCACCACCUGACCCGGCACAUGACGGCACACCAGGACAAGGAGGGUGACAACGACGAUGACGAGGAUGUCCUGGAGCUGAGCAGGAGGCGGGGUCACCAGGCUCUGCUGGCCUCCCAACACAAGUGACACCGUCAACCAAACAAUGUUACAUUCAACCACAAUUCUUCAGACCCCUCGAACCACUCAUUAGAUCUCCGCCUUGUCAACCACUAUUCCCAAUAUUGAUGUUAAAUUGUCUGAAAAGUCCACCUUUCCUUAAAUGAGUGUUAAAGUGCAAUAUGUAAACAAGUCUUGUUAUUUAGUUUUAGUUUGUCUAUAAGUCGUUAACUAUUUUUUAA